CCAGGGAAGAGAAUUAAACCUUUCAAGUUUAUUGCCGUUGUUUUCUUGAAAUAAUUUGAGAGAAUUUUAGUAUGGUGAAUAAACAAGACGAUUCAUCAACAUCACUGCCUGCUUCAUCUUCUCGCCGCGCAAAUUCUCCCAAAAAUGUCCGCCACCUCAAGACCAACGUCGGUUGCAUAUCCGGCAUUUUCCGCUUUGUUUAUGGUUACAACAACCGCCGCCAUGGCAAAUUCAUCACUUCUGGGAAAAAGCAGGAGAAGAACUCGGCUUCUUCGUCGUUAGAAGAAGAGAGGAAAACCGCAAAUGGACCUCCAAGAUCCUCGCACAGUGUACCGAGGAGUCCGACUUUGCCGGCGGAGAUCCGACGGUCGAUCACCGUAAAGUCACCGGAGAACUUGCAAACUACUCCGCCGUCCGCGGUUCUGACGGCUGAAUCAGCUGCGGAUAAGAGGAGGAAAUUACUUGAAGCGUUGGAGAAAUGUGACGAGGAUUUAAAAGCUCUGAAGAAGAUCAUUGACGUUGUGAAGAGCAGUGUCAGUACCAUUGCUGACGAAGAAAAUAAUAACAAAAAUAAUGAUGAGAAUUUUGGUGGAAGAGAUAACAAGUGUUUGGAGCUUAACGGAGAGUUGCAACCGAGUCCGGUGUCCGUGCUUGAAGAUUUCAUGACAACGGCGAGUCUGAUGAGCGGCUACUCUCGACGUUACACAAACGGUAAAUCAUCAUCACUGUUGAUAAUUUGUUUUUGUUUGAUUAAUAUUAAUUAUAUUUGUCUUUUCUUUUGUUCAUAUUGCAUGCAUGAAAU